GGUCUCCACAACCUCUCUCCCGAUCCCAAUGCAGUUUGUUGCUGUUGCCUGAAGCGGUCACUGCUCUCUGUUUUCCUUCUAGAAGUUAGAAAAACAGUAUUUCAGAGCGCUCUCUCCGUGUUCCUCGUCGUUUUGCUUAACCUGCAGCGCUGCCUCGGGAUCUCGCGGAGCGGAGAAACUUCUCCGGACUUAAGAGAAAAACAAGCCAAGAGGAGGCGGCGGGCGUGGUGGUGGCGAGGGGGGGAGCAUUUUGCUGGAAACCCCUUCGGGAAGCUGGAGACCUUCUCGGGAUGCCUGCCGUGGGCUUGUUCUCCUCUCGCAGCUCUUCAGAUCUUCCCGGGCGAGGGCAGCUCCCUGCCACGACGCGCCUGCACUAAGCGGGUCUGUGCGGAGCUCCGAGGGCCGUGGAUGUCGGCGAUGCCGUAAGGAGCAGCCCGGCAGCGCCUCUGGCUCUGCCCGUGUCCCCGAGGUCCCCGCAGGGCCGGGGGAAGCGGCACCCCGCUCCCGCUAUGCCCCUCUGCCGUCCAGCGCUGGAGUUGGCUGUCAGAGAAACCUUCGAGGUCCCCUGCUCGGCCCCGGUAGUGUCAUGAGUUAGAUUAGUUGGAGCUGUGCUGGGGGCGGUGAGGGCUUGGAUUACAGUCCAGAACUCAAAGUGCUUCGGUGGUUCACGUCGGAGGGGAGAGGAGACGCCCCGUCGCACACAUGGAGGAAAAGGAGAAAAAACGCUGCCUCUGGAAGUGAGGGGCGAUAAAGGAGGCCGGGAACAUGGACUCAGAGUCGCUGGAUGGCUGCAUUCAGAGCACGUUAUCAACGCUCUACCCUCCGUUUGAGGCUACCGCAGCCACCGUCCUGUGCCAAGUUUUUGAUGUGGUGGAGAAGACGUACCGUGGGGAUGGACUGCGCUACCUCAUAGACUUCCUGAUUCCAGCCAAGCACAUCCUGCAGUGCAUUCAGCAGGAUGCCUGUGCUCAGUACUGCGGGUUGCUGUUCCGCCACGCGGGCUGGCCCCUGUGUAUCCACGAGAAGAUUGUAAUCCAGCUGGCUUCCAUUGACUGGCGAGUCUUGGAGCCUGGUGACUUCUACCUGCAGGUGGUCCCCCAUGAGAAGAAGUCUCCACGAAUUGUCCUGAAAUGUUUGGCAAAGGACAAGCAUAAUGUAGAGGAAGUGGUGAUUCCAGAAGUUUCAUAUACCUCUAUUUUUACUCUGGAAUGGCUGAGCACGUUCAAUGGAGAGCGGAUGGGUAUAGCACUGGAAAAUUGUUUACUAACCACUGAUGAUAAAAUAUUUCGUAUCCCCUGGGAUAAAGUGGUUAAUCCUGAAUUUAUAAACAAGCCAAAAUUAAUUGAAAACAGUAUCAUCUCUCCGGAAAUAACAGAGGAACGUUCGAUUUUGUGCCUCCCCACGGAUCAUACCGAGUGCAGUUCACCAGACUUGGGGUCUCAGCAUCUACAGGAACAACAUCCAAAUCGAGACGGCCUGGUCAUUAACAGCACAGCUCCACAGUUAAGUGGGGCUCUUGUCAAUGGUGUCUGUACGAGUCCUGUGCCUCCAGAGAACUUGAGAAGUGACCUUGAAGGGGAGUACGUUGAGCUGGCAGAAGUUUCACUGCUCAGGUUUGGGUCACAAACAGGCUCUUUACCCCAAUCGCUGGCUUUGAAUUAUCUAACUCAGCCCAGAGCACGAGUGAAUGAGUCUAAAGGCAAGCACAGGUUUAUUGUCCUACAAGACAGCACCUACUCCAAGAACUUAAUUCAGUCAGCACUUAUGCAGAAGGAGCACUGUCAAAUGGACACUCUGAGCACUCCUGGAGAAGUUCUCAAAAAUGUCAUUCCAUCAGAAAGCGGCAAAAUGAUGGCACAUGAGGAACCGUCUCCUGAAGAUCAGCUGAUACCAGUUGGUCCUGGAAACAUGGGGAAUAAUUUUCCUGUGUCUGAGUCUCAUGCCUGCAGCACAGAAGGUUCAUGUGCAGAGCAGGAGGCUGGCAGUGAACACUCGCUGGACUGGCGGUACGCGCUGUGCAGCUACAGUGACGCGUGUGCUGGAGAUGGCCUCAGCUGCAAAGCACAAACACCUGGUGCUCGUGGAGACAUGGAGGGAGAAAGCCAUGGACCCACCAGAAAUGCUGCUCCGGAAACAUCUGAACAGGGCCCAGAAACAAUUGUGAAUGCUGCUGGAGAGGGUCAGAAUGAAAGGACAGAGAUGGACGCCCCUCCUGCGUCUGUCCCAGGGCCUUUGGGACCACCCUGCACACCAAAGGAAGGCUCUGAUGUCUCGUGCCAGAAUGUCAGUGAAAGUGUUGUGCCAGUUCAGGCCACUGCACUGCCUGAGAGUUCAGAUGUGUGUGUGGGGAGAGGCUCUCCUUCAGGGAACGAGGCAGAUGUAGGUUCUUGCUGCAGCGAUACGGAAGCAAAUCUUAGUUCUCCAUUAAAUGCUCCAGAACAGAAGCAAGAAGUAGAUGAAUUUGAGGUGGGAAGAAGAGAUAGCCGAGAAGAAGUCAGAGAGAUUAAAGAGAUGCUGACAGCAAAUGAAAACCAGCCUAGUCACAGUCACUGUUCUGUCAGAGCUUCUACGGAUGGACCUUUGUCAGAUGGUGAAAAGCAAGAGCAUAAGAAGGCUGAAGAAGCCACACUACUCCAAACUGCUCUGCCAGAGGGGGGGCAGAUGACAGAACAGUUAAAUAACAGUGACUCUUUGGGCCCUGAUCCACAAACAGAAGACUCAAGUCAAUUCCAAACCCAGGGUUCUGGAGAGAGGUCUGAGGAACCACAAAGAGUGGUGGAAGACCAGGGCUGUGAAAGUGAAGAGAGCUCUGUGCUGAACCCAGAGUGUGUGGCAGUACAGGACUCCCAGGGAAGGGAGGAGAACCAGGGAAAUUUUUCUUAUGGGGAAAAGUCAAAGACCAAAACCUCAAAAACACUGGAAGCCAUUGAAGAGGAACUGGAGGUUGGACCACUGUCCUCAGGACCCGCUGAGGGACACACAGAGCCCAGCACUCUGCAGUCCCGCCCAGAGGCAGCUUCUGGGACAUCAUCUCCUAAAGGGAUGGUGUCAGAAGGGACAGAGCUGAGAGAAGAAGCAGCUGGCACAGAUGUGUUGAAACCAGCGAGUAAAGUCGGUGCCCUGGAGGAAACUUCGACACCAAUUACUCCCCCGACAUCCCCGACUUCUGGAACUGCCUGGGGUGGCCAGUUUGCACCUACCAUAGUCAAGGAUGUGAACCCAGAAGUGCUCAGGAGUGGUGUUGCCUACCUGCCUGGUACGAGAGAUAAAUCGGGGCGUGCAGUGGCCAUAAUAACGACAAGGAACACGGCCUGGUUGAACCCCCACUGCAACACCACCGAGCUCGUGCGCCUGCUCCUCUACCUGCACAGCAUCCCCAGACCAGAAUGCCAGGCUUUGGGUCUGACUGUUCUCGUGGAUGCUCGUCGCUGUUCCCCAGUUCCUGCUCUCUUCAAGGCCUUCAGCAUAUUGCAGGACAUGGAUCCUCCUUGCAUUCAUGGGGUUCUGCUUCUGGUUGAAAGAGAUCUGACUUUUCGGAUGGAGAAGCCACCAGCAGGACAGUUUGAACUCCUCACCUCCAUGAAAUCCCUCCAUAAGCACAUAGAGAGCUCACAGCUGCCUCUGGAGCUGGAUGGGACCUUCCCCUACUGCCACCGGGACUGGCUGAGCUUCCGCAUGAAGCUGGAACACUUGCUACAAGGAUGCCAAGGUGCCUGUGCCUUCCUUCAGGGAGCUAUCCAUAAAGUGGAAUCUGGAAAAUUACCAGGAAAAGCUGAGGAUGCAGCUGUGCUGCUGAGGACCUACAGGCAGCUGAUGAAGAACGUUCUGGAAGACACACGGCUGGUCAGGCUGCAGCUGGAGGGUGGAGCGCUCCUGGCCAGGCUGAGGAAGGAGGAGUCUUGUGUCACCCUCACCCCUGACUACAGAGAUGCCCUGGAUGCUGCCAGCGUGCUCUAUAAUCGGGUCGAUGAGGGCGUUCACCGGCUGGUGAUGCUGUCAAACAAGCGCAUCCAGGAACUGGAGCUGGUGAUGGAGUUCGAGAAAGUGGAAGAGUGUUUUAAGGAGGUCAGCAGUUGGAUUGAGAAUGUUGGCAGAAAAGGGCUAAAGGGAACUGUCAACCUGGAUGAUUCUUUGGAGAUGCUGCUUCAAGCACAAAAGCAGUUCAAGGAGUUUGAUCUUGUUGCCAGUGAAUACUGCAAAAGGGGACAGGAAGCGUUAAAGAAGAUGGAUCGAUGGGAAGAUUUCUCCUCUGUGGAUGUGCAUUCUUACAGGGUGAAGCUGCAGACCUACAGAGAUCAGCUGGAGGAGUUCUGCACUCAGCUGGAUGAAACCAGGCACCGAAUCUCUGAAACGGUCAGGCUAUAUGAAUUCUUUGACAAGGCGUACGAGUGGGCCUUGGAAGGGAUGCGACACCUUGCCUGUGUCAGCAUGGAGGACUGCAGCUCCCCCGAGCACUGUGCAGAUGUGAUCAAGUGCCUGGAGAGUUACAAGGGGCAGCACCCCGACAUCAGCGCUGCCCGCUUCCAGGAGAUGAAGGACUUGGCCUGUGAGCUGAAGAGUGACAAGGGGCUCAAGCAGUGGAAAUUCGCGUGGUCUAAAUGUCAGGAGACCAAGCUGGUUUUUGAAAAGAAACUCGAAGCAGCCUUGAGAACAAGGAAGUCUCUGCUGUCAGAGCACAGCCCAGCUGCCGGGGAGCAGCCCCAGGCUGGCAGCGAGGCUGGCAGUCUGUUCCACUGGCGGCACUCAGAGGGAGCCACCUCCAGGUCCCACUGGGACAGGACUUACAGCGCGUCCCACUGUUACAACAGGUCCAACUGCUCCCUGGAGUGGACUAAGGAGAAAGUUCCCUCGCCCUCCCUGAGCUGCCCCGCUGAUGUCGGGGCUGGGGAAGACGUUGCCAGCCAAACUGCUCUCAGCCCGGGCCCUCACUCAAGCAGAGUUUUUUUUGCCAGCGGGGCCUGCAAGUCUCCAAAGCUGCCUGAAGAACAGCCAAACCUCGAGAGCAUAUUAGAAACCUCGGAGGUGAAGCCCCCCUCUGCAUCCACUCCAGCCCCAGGGAAGCUGCCUCCCAGGAGGGUGCUCCGGAAGGCCCAGAGCUUCGACCUGCCUUGUGGGGAGAGCCUGUGGUCGAGCUGCCAGAGGAGCGAGCCGGUCAGGUACGGCAACACCGGCGUCUUCAUCAAGGGGCUGGAGGUGAGCAGCACCGAGCUGGUGGACAGGACGUUCGCGCUGCGGCAGCCGGCGGCUCACAGCUGGGCUGCAGACUGUCUGCUCGAGGGGCACAGGGGCUGCCUCUCCGCCUCGGAAGCCAAGAGCUGGGGCAGCAAACUGCGGCACAUCAUCGACGAGAUGGUCACCACGGAGCGGGAGUACGUGCGGUCGCUGCGCUACAUCAUCGACAGCUACUUCCCCGAGAUGGAGCGCCUGGACCUGCCCCAGGACCUGCGCGGCAAGCGCAGCGUCAUCUUCGGCAACCUGGAGAAGCUCUACGACUUCCACAGCCAGUACUUCCUGCGGGAGCUGGAGAGCUGCUGUAACCACCCGCUGCGGGUCAGCCACUGCUUCCUGCGACACAAGGACCAGUUUGGAAUGUAUGCAUUGUAUAGUAAGAACAAGCCGAAGUCAGACUCGCUGCUGGCCAGCCAUGGGAAUACCUUCUUCAAGUUGAAGCAGGUGCAGCUGGGGGAUAAGAUGGACCUGGCCUCCUACCUGCUGAAACCCAUCCAGAGGAUGAGCAAAUACGCCCUGCUCCUGAAGGACCUGAUCAAGGAGUGCAGCGAGGCUCAGGAGCAGGAGCUGGGCUACCUCCGUGCAGCUGAGGAGAUGGUGAAGUUUCAGCUCCGGCAUGGAAAUGACCUGCUGGCCAUGGAUGCCAUCCGUGACUGUGACGUAAACCUGAAGGAGCAGGGGCAGCUGGUGCGUCAGGAUGAGUUCACCAUCUGGCUGGGCCGUAGGAAGUGCCAGCGCCACGUCUUCCUCUUUGAGGAUCUGAUCCUCUUCAGCAAGCCCAAGAAGAUCCAGGGUGGCUUUGAUGUCUAUAUCUACAAGUGCUCCUUCAAGACUGCAGACAUUGGUCUGACAGAGAACUCUGGAGACAGCGGCCUGCGCUUUGAGAUCUGGUUCCGGAGGCGGAAGUCCAGCGACACCUACAUCCUCCAGGCCAGCUCAGCUGAGACUAAGCAGGCCUGGACCAGUGACAUUGCCAAGAUCCUGUGGCAGCAGGCAGCCCGCAAUAAAGGUGUGAUUCCUCCCUGGGGCGUCUGUGCCGCAAAAGAAAUCCGUAUGCAGGAGAUGGUCUCCAUGGGUGUGGGUAACAAGCCAUUCCUGGACAUCAAACCCAGCGAGGCAGCUAUCAAUGACCGUGCUAUCGAUUACAUCAUGAAAGGCAGAGGUGCCAGGACCAGAGCAUCAAUCGCAGUGUCUCAGUUUGACCAUUCCAACCCGUUCAAGAGGACGCAAGCACAGCUCUCCACUGGCAGCACCCACACUGCCUACAACCCUUCCUCCUCCUCUUCCCUGCUGGGACCCCUCAACCUCCACAUGUAUGUGAACCAGGCUCUGCUGCCAGAAGUCCUGCCCCCCAGAUGCCCCUUUGACAUCGGCACCUGCAUCGAGGAGGACGAGCUGGAGCACGAGACAAGCAGCCAACCGUCCCUGACAACAGAGAGCUCAGAGUCAUCGCACUGCAUGUCAGCCACGGGCUCCAGCGGCUCUGACAGCGGCUGCGUCUCCAACGUCCCCCAGGAAAGCUUCUGUGAAGACAUGGGCUCGCCCCCCUACGUGCCCAUAGCCCCACAGCACAGCUCUGCGGUGGAGGGGAGACCCAGGUUCACAAACAGCCAGUACAUUUCUGCAGUAAGUGCCAGCAGCCAAAACACUGUCUUCACUUUGCCUGUUCCUGCCACUGCCUCCCCAGUUCCAGCCACUGCCUCUCACGGGGGCACCGAAGAUGCUGCUUUUGGGCUCGGGGUCACUGUGGGCAAGUGACAUUUCCCCUGGCAGAGACUUGGCUCCUCUGGGGCAGGCAAGAGCCCCUCUGGUGCAGGAGCCACCCCUGCGGUGGCCAAGAUCCCCGAGGAGAUGAGCUGGAAAGGACCUGCAGUGCUGGAGGCUGCACGAGGAGGGGAUGCUGCACAAACAGGAGCUAUAAUGCUGUCAUGGGCUGGGGUACAUAUGGAACCUCCUGGGAUGGCUGGAGCUCUGCUGCAGAUACUGCCAAGCUCCUUUCCCGGGAGGUUUGGGCCUUUUUUUGGGGAACAAUGAGAUGGAGGAGCAGGAGCCUGUUGCUCUGAGAUGUCAGUGUGUUUCCUCUUAUGUUCCUGAGAGUUCUCAGCUGCUUGCCUUCCCCCUAGAUCUUGUCCUGGUGCUGUUGUCCUCUAACCCUGUACUAAUGCUGGCUUCUCUCCUCUGCAGAAAGCAGGCCAGGUCACCAAAAGUCACUCGAGAAUAGUGUGAGCCCCUCGGCCCCGCCUCAGGAAGUGGAGUUGUUGUAAGUAGCCCCUGAAGGGGGGAUUUUCCAGCAGCUCUGAGGGCUGGUCAGGUUUGUCAGUAGCUCUUAGUCAGGGGAACCUCACCCUCUGCUUCUUGGUGAGUUUUCCCCAUGCAUUCCUGACUGGUCUCUGAGGCUCUGAUCCAUGAGAAGACCAGCUCCCAUGGAGCCAACACUUGGAACAGCCAGUCUGAUCCAUCUGCCUUGCAGAACCAGAACAAGCAAAAUCACUAUCAGGUAGUAGAGGCUUGAGCACCACCCAGUCACCAGUGUUCAGAUGAGCUGCUUUCCUCUGAAUGCUGCCCUCCUGUCUAACCACUAAUCUGUUUCUCGUGGCUGUUUGCCAGAAUCCUGCUCUGAGUCCCCCUGAACUACCCUGGGGAGUCCACGGUAUUCUCCUCUAGCUGAAUUUAUCCCACAGUUCCCUUUGAACCUCCAAAGGAAACUGCACGUCAGGCAGAGGAACCUGCUAGGCUGUGGUCAGGACGUCCUGAGGGAGCUGCCAGAUGUUGCUCCUGUACUUAGUGAGUCUGGGAGGAUGCCUUGGCUGGGAGGAAAUGGUUGAUCUGAGGAGGGGUUGAACCCUGACAGGGCUCGAAGCCAAGCAGGGCUUCCAUCAUGUCAGGGCCCACUCAAACCAGCCCUCCUCUGUGUCCUUGGGGCUGAGCCUCCCUUUUCCCAGGGAGCAGAGGGGUGGGAAUGUGAGGGGCAGGACUAGGCCGUGAGUGAUGGAGGCUUGUGGGGUUGGCACCGUGGGGUGUUACACACACACAGGCCCGUGGCUUGUGAUCUGCAGGUGUUCAUAAUCAGCUGAACAGAACUAGCCAGGGUUCAAAUGUAACAUCCAGAAGGGGCAGACAAGACUUUUGGAGUGGCCACAGAAGCCACAGGUUUGCUGGCCCGUGUAGCCUUUGGGCGAGUCCUGAGGCACAGAGACACAUCCCCCGUGGGGGAAGAGCCGCGUUUCUCCUGCAGGGCUCUUCCAGCAAAACAUUCUUUCCCCACCAGAACUGAGCUUGGACAAAUGGUGGUUUUCAGGUGUUGCAAAGUCACUGCUGGCCAGGACAGAGGGACCUGCGGGCUCCUGCCACGUCAGGGGAGUGCAGCCGGUCUAACCCAUUGCACGGUGCUGUGUUCCAGGUUUGAUUGCCAUUUCAAACUCCCUGAAGACCUCAGGCCUCUGACCAGCAGAAGGAGACAGUCUUCACCCAUGAAGAUUUUUUUUUUGGCCCGUACUCAGGCUCUUUCAAACAGCCCAAAACCUGAACCUCUGCCUGGGGGGAAGUCCCAAGAAGGUUUCUGUCAACUACACUUAAUAGCUUUGGUGUUGGAUGGGACCUUGGGCGUUCCAAACUCGUUGGCCCUAUAUUUAUGAGUAAUAAGUAACAUAACAGUUUGGAGGAAAAAAAAAAUGUAUUAUUUUUAAAGCUAAGAGCUGUACAGAUUUUUGUUACAAGUGACUCUGUUACUAUUUGUUGUGUAAGCUGCACAUUUUAUAAAGUUUUUGGAAGGGCAUGAAGAGAAACUGAGGUAUUUAAGAAAAGUAGUGUAACUUUCUAUUUCAGGGUUAUAUUGACCUGGACUCAAGGUGUAACGUCCUUCCUUAUGUUCUAAAUAUGUCUAUUAUAGCAAUAAUUUAUUUUCUUGGCUUAACACUUCUGUUUUAAUAAAAGCAGUUUCAUUGUUGUAGUGAAUUGUUUCUUCAGAUGGUUCUUCCAGUGCCUCGGUGCUGAGCUAAUCUCUGUCAUAACCAUCUCUCAGCUCUGCCACUCUCCCUGUGCCAUCUCUGCACUAACCACCUGCCAGCUCAGCCUCGAAAUCCUCAGCUCCUCUGCCAGAAAAGGGGAGGAUUUCCCAGGUAGAGACUCCCCUGAUGCCAGUGGGGAGGCCAAGGCAGACUGAGGAGUUUGGAGCAGCCAGCAGGGGAACGGGUUCUUUGGGAGGUCAGGAGGCCACCAAAGUUCCUGGCUCUGUUUGAAGCCACUUCCCCCUUGUAGCUGCUGUCCCAGUGCCAGUCUCUCUCUCCCUGCUGGGCCAGGUCCCAGGGGCUCCGUUCAGGCUCUGUUGUGCCUUGUCCUGGCUGUGCCCCUGGUUUUGGGGUGACUGGCUGCUUGCUUCGCCUCCAGCUCACCCCUCUCCUGGUACUUCAGUCGUGGCUUGUUUGAGGAGCUUUAGAUGGUGCUGGCAUCCGAGACCAACAGGUUUUGAGUGUAAAAAGUGUUGAUUAAAAUGCUGAACCUUAAAGUGCAUGUUGUUCAAAGUAACACAACGUAACUGGAGGCUAAACGUGCCCUGUGUCCCGAGGUGGCUCAGUCACCAGUAACACCCAGCUCCCUGCCAGGCUGUGACACCCUCCCUGUUCUUGGAGGAAAUGAAAAUUAGCAUUUUUGGAAACAGUGGUUACUUGCUGCCACGCUCCUGUUUACUCCUGGUUUGUGCAGGGCUAUAAAUGAGGCUCCCCCAGGGGUGGAGGGAGUGUCACCUUUGGCCUGAGGAGGAAGAUGGAGCAGUGCUUUGUUUAACUGCAGUUUUCUCCCCUGGGCACUGCAGAGCUGCAGUCUGGGGUGUUACAGCCCCACAGCCACCCUGGAGACAGUGUUCCUUCAGGUUUGGAAAUUCCUGUACUGUACAUAAAACACUUGUUUUAUUGUUAAUGAGCUGGAUGUUUUUUACAAAACCUUGUUCUUUUUUCAGACAGCGCAGAGAACACAGUUUUGACACCUUUGCACAAAAUUGGGUGUGAAACAGUUACACAGGGAAUAUUUUACAAGUUACUGUUUUGAGAUAAUUGCUGGGUUAAUGCACGGUUUUGGGGCUGUCAGGACAGCAAUAGCUCGUGUAAGAGGGAGAGAAUUUACUAAUGCAACAAGAGGGACAUGAGACUUCCCGAAUUUCUCAGUUUCAAAGGUUUCUGCAUUGCUGGAAAGUUGUUUACCUGAUACUGUUUUUUCAGGGUUGGAUUGAUUUAAUAAAGGUUAUUUUCUUUGUAUGGC